AUGCUGAUACUUGCAAGAACAUUCCGCCUCAGUGUGUUGGCCUUUCGAAACAGCGAAAUCUCGAAGACCUCUUCGUUCGCGCUGCUACGCCCCACGCUCUCAACAGCGGUCACCCUCGCACCUCCGUGUGGUAUCUCGCACAGCAGCUGCCGCAGCACUUAUACAACAAGGCUCAGCAUGUCAGAUGACACUGGCGGUGGACGUGUGAUCCGGCCGCGUGUCCCUGUGAGCUCGGUCACGGCAUUCGGGCAGGGCCUGGGGCAGCAAGAACUCCAGUCCCUCGGCAAGGAGAUGGAAGUGUCAAACGAGGGUGAGCGGCUUGUGUUUCCCUUCGUGGGCAAGCUGUAUGACGUCUCCAACGCCGCUUUGUUCUACGCGCACAACGGGCGCCUGGACGCAGCCCAGGAGCAGCUGAAAGCUGGCGCGGACCUGAUGGCAUCGGAGCUGGAGGGCGUUGACAAGGCUUGCUCGAGGGACGGGGUGCGCAACGAGAGGGUUUCCGGGGCGCUCGAAAACCUCGUCAAGGCCAAGGCCUUCGUCUACUUCCUGCAGACAGGGCGGCUACUGCGUAAAUCUGCGCUUGAAGCGGAGAUCGCCGACGACGAGUACCUGGGAGCGGCCAUGAGACUCACCGCUGAGCUCUCACGAUACGCAAUUACUCAGGCCUCCAUCCUGGACAGCAGCUCUAUCCUCGCCUGCGCCUCGCUGUGCCGCGGCGUGUUCGGAGAGCUGGUGCAAUUCGACCUCCGCAACGGCCCGCUCCGCAAGAAGUUCGACGGCGUCAAGUACGACGUCCGCAAGGUGGACGACAUCCUGUACGAGCUGGCGUUGGUGGGCACGGGAGCGGACGAGGGAGACGGCGAUACCGACGAGGACGGCGGCGGGGGAAGCCGAAAACGGAAAGAGAGAGAGGAGAAGGAAAAUGAGGAGCAGAAGACAGAAGGGGGGCCCGUUUUGGACACCGAAGAGUUCGAGGCCAUCCGCGUGGCCAUGAUAUCUUUCGACGAGAAGAGGGAGGCCGUCAUCAAGCGGACACGAGACAUUCAAAAGUGGAGCAAGAUGGCCAUAUACAGCCUCCACCGGGCCGACUUAAAGAAGGCAGAGAAGCAGCUUUCGGACUGUCGGACGGCCGCGGAGGGUCUCCUUCCCCUGAUCGACGAGACCCCCCGGCUAAGGAUGGGGGCCUACUCGUGCUCGAUGGAGGAAUUUGCGGAAGCCCGCCUGUACGAGUUGUGGCUUAAGGAGAAGAGGUUAGUAACGAAGGCGGAGGUCGGCCUGGUCAACACGGAAGAGUACUUGGGGGGGCUGCUGGAUCUCACGGGCGAGCUCAACCGGUUUGCCGUGGCGCGAGCGACGGAGAGGGACUCGGUCGGGGUAAAGGAGUGCCUCGAGACAGUCUUGGUGAUCCACGAGUUUGUGACGCUGAACGCCCUUCCAGGGAACCUUCCCAAGAAGAAGAACGAGCUGCUCAACUCGCUGAGAAAGCUUCAGAACAUGACCUACGAGCUGGCCCUGAUGAAGGCCGGGAAGGGAAAGGUGUCGGGCGUAUCCGGCUUGGACGAAGGGCCCGCGACGGCCGACAAAGAAGGCUAGGUAUUCAAGAGACUCGAUUAAUAUACACGACGGACGGCCCCCUCUGUUUUUUUCCUGACAGUAGUGCGACGAAUCUGUCUGAUGAAGUUUUUAACUCGUGCGUGUGUAGUUUCUUUCGACCGUGUCAGUUGUGGCUGUCGUACUCCUUGACAACCCACGUCCUAGCGUGGGCCUCAAAGUGGGAGUUCGCACAAAGAUCGGCGCCAGGGGGGAGGAGAGGGGUAAAUCACUCUUACGAAAUUGAGGGUGCGAGCGGUUGGUAGACCCCGAAGAGGUUGACGGUGCAAGAGUUGUUGUAGAGCAGGCAUGUUGUACCUUGAGAUAGGGGAUGCGAGAACAAGGGAGGGGAACUUCGGCUAGGUCGGUUGCUCGAUCACACAACCGUGGCCGAGUGGUUCAGUUGGUAUCCUCUUGAAGCAUUCUGGCUAUAUAUGGGGGUGAACCUCUUGAGACUCAAGUCCUGCAAUUUAGAAGUAGAGAUAGCGUAAGUAAUGAGAGUACACACGAAAAGGAGGGAACCCUUCUCGCGUUGAAUCGUGAAGUGAAGUACCUCAGGAGGAACGGUGGAGAGGAAAAACUCCUGUGUACGCCUUCCUCCUGUGCAACCCCGGCUGGCGCGCGAAACUCUACCGGAAUAUCUGGACUAGUGCGCAGAACACAUGGGACGAAGUCACACACACUCCUCCUUGGAGAGACGUCCAACGCGCGAUUGCGGUCAAUUACGGUUGGUGUAAGGUGCCAGUUUUUCCGGCCGUUCCGCGUGUGCUUUAUUUCCUGUUGUGGUAUGAUUGCCUCGUGUUCGAAGAACGUUUACCCAUGUGUACCUUACCUUUUUUUUGUGUGUUAUUCGCGUCGUUGCUUCCAGAUUGCUAUCGGGGAAAAGGGAUUAACGUAGGGAUGGGCCGCGUGGCUACCGACGUGGUCGUAGCGUGGAACUCUUCCUUAGUGUAUUGUUCGGGUUUCUGUCUGAUGGUGGCUGAGGUGUUUUUGUAGCGUGUAAGGGGGAGGUGGGCUUGCGGCACUAUCGGGAUGGGUGAGACCCUCGGGUCUUGUCUGUCCCACUGCGCAUUUCUCAUGUUUUCGCGUGUAGAUCGGAAAAAGUAUGGCUCACAUGAGCUGAAUCAAAGGUAGGGGGUCGGAUUCAGGUUACAAAACUACCGAGAAGAAGCAGCCUGCACGCAAACACAGGAACGACGAGGGGUCUGUCCUGGUCUAGGUUGUUUGGCGUUUCAUGGUGAAUGAACCGCGUGCGUGGGGUUGUCCGACACAAUGUUAUUGCUAUCGUCUCUACGAUG